GGGUCAAUCUAUCCAUUGCCAAGAAGUUUGUUUUAAACUGAAGAACGCCUCUGCAUAAGAAAGAAUGAAGGAACCUUUGGAUGGUGGACGUAAUAAAGCAAUGACACCACAGCAAGAGCUUCUGGACAAAAUUAAAGAAGAACCUGACGAUGCUGCGCUCAACAGCUGACCCCUCGCUUUCAACUUUCUGUCCCAUCAUCAGCCCCAAAUAUAUUGCUUCCUGCAGUUCCAGCUGUAGCUCUUAAAGUUUUUUGUUCUGGUUGCAAAAAAAUGCUUCAUAAGGGGCAAACUGCGUAUCACAAGACAGGAUCUACUCAGCUCUUCUGUUCCACACAAUGCAUCACUGGAUUUCCUUUACCUGUCUUCCUUACACCUCCUUCCAAGAAAACCUGCACAAACUGUUCCAAGUAUCAAAAUUUUAAUGCCAUCCCUUUUCACUUUACUUUUUCAAAUGUGUGUAUAGUUUAGUGAGAGAUGCUAGUGCUAAUUUAAAUGUAUUUAGCACAUUUCUAUGGAAGUUGCUUUUCAACUUACUUGGGAAUUUGCAAAUUAGUCUACUUUUUCAACAUCAAAUAAGUGACUUAGUGUUAGAAGUAUUGCCUAACCCAGUUGUCUAUCUUAGUGUAAAUUUUCUAUGGAAAAAAAUAAACCAUUUGUGGGAAUUACAGGACCACUCAUAUAUAUUAUAAUUGUGAACAGCAACCAUUUAAAAUUAGUUAACAGUUGUCUUGAAAGUUACUGAAAUUUAGAAUAAAAUAGUAACACUUUUGUAGUAUGUAAAAGUUAUUUAAUUCUUUAGAAGGUAAAAAUUCUAAGGAGUUAUGACUAUCAGUGUUUGUUUGUAAUCUCCUUGUGAACUUUCAUGAGGUUAUUGUUGCUUUACAAUAAUGCUUAGAAAUAUGAAGAAACAGCAAAGUUGCAUAAGCUUUUUUCUCACUUAGUAUUUGAGGAAUUUGGCAUGUUUUUGCCUGUUUUUGUCGUAUUAUAAUUUUAGGGAUAUACUGUGAGGUUUCAACUGCAGCCAAGCUUUAUCCACUGGAGCCAAUGGGACUAGAUUUAGUGGCUACCCCAGAAUCCCAUACCAUGAGAUAGAUAUCUCCUUGCUAGCCAGCAGCUGCCACGAGUAGAAAAAUGAAUGAAAAAAAGCAGAUGAAAUUUUUAAAAAUUUGGAGGCUGGGGAUUUAGUUCAUGAGUUUGAUCCUCAGUACCCCCCCGCCCAAAAAAAAAAAAGUUUGCAUUCACAGUGAUCACUAACAUAGAGUAAGAAAAGUUAAGAGCUUGGUUUUAUUACUAGGAAUAUAGCUCAGUGGUAAAGUACUUGUUGAACAUGCGAGGGGCCUUAGGUUGGAUCCCCAGCACUGCCCAAAAAAGGGGAGAGAAUGGCAUGGUAGUUCACACCUGUAAUCCCAGCACUUGGGAAGCUGAGGCAGGAGGAUUGUGACUUGGAGGCCAGCCUGACCUACAAAGCAAGACCUUGUCUCAAAAAGAAAAACCAAAAACUGCUUGAUUUUUAAAUUGUGACUCUGUGACUUACAAGCUGAGUAAGAUUGGGCCAGAUAUUUGAACUGUUCUGAACCUCAGUUGUUUAUUUGCAAAUAAAAGCUAAUUCUUAGGCUUUGUUUAUGUUGUUGUUUUUUUGAGACAGAGUUUCACUGUGUAAUUCAGGUUGGUCUUGAACUCACUCUGUAGCCCAGGCUGGCCUUGAACUCAUGGCAGUCCUGCCCCUGCCUCCUAAGUGCUAGGAUUACAGGUGUGUGCCACUAUGCCUGGCUAUAGGCUUUUUUUUUUUUUUUUAAACUUUGGAGAUAUGUAACAGUUUAUCUGCUUGAUGUGUUAGUUUAUCUUUUUUUUUUCCCCCUAUUUUCUUUUUUGGUACUGGGAAUUGAACUCAGGGCCUUGCAUUUGCCAGGCAGGCACUGUGGCACUGAUCUACAUCCAUAGCCCUUGUUUUGUGUUUCUGAGACAGAGUCUUGCUUUGUAGGUCAGGCUGGCCCUAAACUCACUAUGUAUUCCAGGCUGGACUCAAGCUCUAUAAACAAUUUUCCUUCAUAAAUCUCCUGAGUGCUGGGAUACCCAGUAUACACCAUCAUACCCAGAUAGCCUAAAUUAUCUAAAAGUAAAUCCUGCUAAGAUAAAAAUGUCCAACUAACAAGGAGAGAGGGACUUUUUAAAUAUUUUAUCUAAAUAUUUGCAGUUAGUUUUCAAAUGCCUUUGUAAUACCUUACUUUAAUACACUGUCAUUUUAAUGAAACUAAUAUUAAAUAGUAAAUUUAGUUUCCUGGUUUUAAGAUAUUUUUUCAUCAUAUCACAUAUCAAAAUACAAUGUAUUAAAACAUUUUUUUUCAGUACUGGAGGAUUGAAGUCAGGCGUACUCUAUCAUUGAGCCAUACCCCUACCUUUUUAAAAAUUGUUUUAAAAAUUUUUUUUGGAGACAGGGUCUCUCUAAUGUAGUUCAGGCUGACCUUGAGCUAGUGCUACUCCUGCCUAAGCCUCCCGAGUGCUGGGACUACAUGUGUGUGCCACUGCACUGGCUUUGUUUUUAAAAUUUUGAUACAGGGGCUUGUUCAAUUGCCCAGGUGGAACUCAAACUUGCAGUCCUCCUGGUUCAACCUUCCUGAGUAUUGAGAUUACAGUAUUAUAGGAAUAUAAUUAAAUGAACUAAAAUUUGAAGAUCAUAGCAUUACUUACAUAUCCAAAUACAUGUUGGUUGUGGCUUUUUUCUUUUUACCAUGAUGUUGCUUAUGUGUGUGUGCAUGCUCCUCUACAUGCAGUGCUGGGGAUUAAACUUAACUUCCUCAUCAUCACACAACGCGAGUGUUCCCCACUGAGCUAUCUCCUUACUCCCUUCAAAAACUGUUUUGACCUCUCAAUUUGCCUUUGCCUUUAGAGCGUAUAAAAACAUUAAAUUAGGUUAGGCUCGAUUAGGUGAUAAAUCUGUCUUUUCAACAUGUGCCAAAGUUCUACAAAUUGCCAAAGCUACUUGAUGCCUCAUCAGGUCAGCAUACUAGGUGAUGAAAUGGAAUACUGAUAUUAAAUGGUGAGAUUUAACCGUAAAAUUAAAUUUUUCUUUUAAGGAUUUUUGUAAGUUAAGAGAAAAAAGAAAUUAGAAAAAAUUAUUUUGAGCCCAUGUUAUUAUAGGAAGAGGUGUGUUUUUUCCCAAAAUAAAUGUAAAGGCAUAGUGCUCUUUGAAAAAAAUACUCAUAUAAAUACAUAAGGUUUAGAGUAUAUUUGUAUUUGUAUGUACAUAUUUUCCUUAUGAAUUAAUUCUUACUUGCUUAUAUAUAUAUAGAAGUGGCAGAUUCGUCUUACUAAAUAAAAUUUAUUGCUGUUUCAGUAAAAAAAAAAAUACUACUUUUGUCCAAAAUUAAUCCUUCAUCUGCAUAAAAGCAUAUAUCCAUUUGAUUUCAAAGAUUGUCAUGUUUUUAAGACUAGGUGAAUUUUAGAAAAUUAAAUUUUGUUAUUUCAUAUUUAUCAUGGAACAGGCUUGCAUAAUAAAGAUAAUAUAAGAGACAGGAUAGUGGAAUGAUUAACUCCAAAGUGCUUGAGUUUAUAGCCUGGUAUCAUUGUUUACCCACACUAUAAUUUGAUAUCCUUAUUUGUAAAGUGAAAAUUAUAAUACUUCCUGCAUUAUUGUGGUAUUUAAAUUGGGUAAUUUGAGUAAAGAGAACAAUGCCUGACAUAUAGUAAUUACUCAGUACACUUGUAACAUUUAAUAUUACUGUCACAAUUGUUCUUGACUUUAUCACCUAUGCUAGUAUUUGUCUAUUUCUUUCAAUUUUUUUUUAUAUUAUUGGGAAUCAAACUAAGUAUCUUGCACUUGUCAGGCAGGUGCUACACUGCUGAGUCAUAUCCCCUGCCCUUGUUUCCUUCAGUUUUUAUACUUGUUUGAAGAAUAGCAGUACUUAGCUUCUGUUUACCAGGGUGUUGCUAUCAAUGCUUAUUGCAGUAAUCAGCUGUUACAAGCACAAGGUCCUGCAUUUGAUUCCCAGUACCAAAAGGAAAAAAAGCUCUUACGAAAUGGCUCUACAGAUCUUACAGAACUGUUGAGUUAUUUGUGGUAUUCUUAUUUCAUUUAUGGCUAUAUUCUAUAUACCAUGCUAAUUCUUAUAUUAGUCUUUGGUAUAUCAUGUUUCCCCAUAUUUUAAUUUAAAAAAUCUAUUUACUGUUUCCUUUAAGUUUUUACACUGGCAGUGUCGGGUAGUAAAAGGACACAUGUGGUGGGGUCUGAGUUGUGGGAUGACCACUGAAUCUUGUCCCACUGGUUCCAACAGAUGAAAUUUUUUUUUUGGCUAUGAGCAUUGGGCUGGUAUAUUUUAAAUUCUUCAUUCACACAGCUAAUAAUUAGAAAUUAUAAACCUCAUUUUAAUACAUGAGAAUUGAGACAGUAAUUGCCUUUCUCAUCAUCACUCAGCUGGAAGUAACAGAACUAUUAUUAAAACCAGGUUUUCGGAUACUUUAUCCAGGGCUUUAUCCCACUAUACAAUGACUGCCCCCUAGUAACUACUACCUUAGCUUACAAAGAGGAAGGAGUUACAGUUGUUGCAUAUUUCAUUUUAACUUUGUUAUUUAUUUUAGAGACAUUUUAAAUCCAAAGGAUGUGAUCACAACUCAAUUUGAAAAUUCUGCUAACAAAGAUUUCUGCAGUCAGUCAUGUUUGUCUUCUUAUGAGUUAAAGAAAAAACCUGUUGUUACCAUAUAUACCAAUAGUAUUUCAACUAAGUGCAGUAUGUGUCAGAAAAAUGCUGAUACUCGAUUUGAAGUUAAGUAUCAAAAUGUGGUACAUGGUCUUUGUAGUGAUGCUUGUUUUUCAAAAUUUCAUUCUACCAACAACCUCACCAUGAACUGUUGUGAGAACUGUGGGAGCUAUUGCUAUAGUAGCUCUGGACCUAGCCAAUCCCAGAAGGUUUUUAGUUCAACAAGUGUCACAGCAUAUAAGCAGAAUUCAGCCCAAACACCUCCGUAUGCCCUGGGGAAAUCAUUGAGGCCAUCGGCUGAAAUGAUUGAGACUACAAAUGACUCAGGAAAAACAGAGCUUUUCUGCUCUAUUAAUUGCUUAUCUGCUUACAGAGUUAAAAUUGUCACUUCUUCAGGUGUCCAGGUUUCCUGUCAUAGUUGUAAAACCUCAGCAAUCCCUCAGUAUCACCUAGCUAUGUCAAAUGGAACUAUAUACAGCUUCUGCAGCUCCAAUUGUGUAGUAGCUUUCCAGAAUGUAUUUAACAAGCCGAAAGGAGCAAACUCUUCAGCAGCAGCCCCAUCUCAGGGUCAAGUGGUUGUGAGCACGCCCUCCGGGUCAGCAGUGUCAGCAGGAAGAGGUGGCACCUCUUUUUCCAGUUCUGUCAGUGGUGCUGCCCCAGCUGACUUCCAGACUCCUGCUGAACAAUCCCAGCAGGUUGCUUUAGCCCAUACACUUGUAAAACUCAAAUGUCAGCACUGUAACCAAAUGUUUGCCACAAAGCCAGAGCUGCUCUUCUACAAGGGCAAAAUGUUUCUAUUCUGUUGCAAAACUUGCUCUGAUGAAUACAAAAAGAAAAACAGAGUUAUGGCAAUGUGUGACUACUGUAAACUGCAGAAAAUUAUAAAGGAGACUGUGCGAUUCUCAGGGGUUGAUAAGCCAUUCUGUAGUGAAGUUUGUAAAUUUCUCUCUGCUCGAGACUUUGGAGAACGAUGGGGAAACUACUGUAAGAUGUGCAGUUAUUGUUCACAGACAUCCCCCAAUUUGAUAGAAAACCGAUUGGAGGGCAAAUUAGAAGAGUUUUGUUGUGAAGAGUGCAUGUCCAAGUUUACAGUUCUUUUUUACCAGAUGGCCAAGUGUGAUGGUUGUAAACGUCAGGGUAAGCUGAGUGAGUCCAUAAAAUGGCGAGGAAAUAUCAAACAUUUCUGUAACCUGUUUUGUGUCUUGAAGUUUUGUCAUCAACAAAAUAUGAAUGAUCUUUCACAAAAUAAAGUAAAUAUUUCUAAGGCACAAACUGCAAUGAUUGCAUUACCUUCUACAAGAACAAAUACAACCCCAGUCAUAACCAACGUGGUAUCAUUGGCAAAAAUACCUGCUGCCCAGCCUACAGCAAACACUAAGACUGUUUUAAAAGGUGCAGCUACUAAAGAGGCAGCAAAAAUCAUUGGAAAUGAAAAUGCACAGUCAAAUGCCAUGAAACUUGUGUCUUCUCAGCCUUCUAAAUUUUUAAAAAACAAAGGCAUAUUAUGUAAACCUGUCACACAGACCAAGGCCAUCUCUUGCAAACCACAUACACAACACAAGGAAUGUCAGACAGAUUUACCUGUGCUUAAUGAAAAAAGUGAUGAGGAACAUGAUUCUCCACCUGCAAAAAAAAAGAAAAUAGGUUUUUUCCAGACUUAUGACCUCGAGUGUUUAAAAGUUGGUUUUAUUAUCUGUCCUGGAUCAAAAGAGAGUUUACCAAGACCACAAUGUGUCAUUUGUAGGGAGAUCUUACCCAGCGAAAAUAUGAAGCCAGCAAAUCUUUCUCAUCAUUUGAAGACAAAACAUUCAGAAUUAAAAGACAAGCCAUUAGAUUUUUUUGAACAGAAAUCUCUUGAAAUGGAAUGUCAAAAUAGUUCUUUAAAAAAGUGUUUACUAGUUGAAAAGUCACUUGUGAAAGCUUCUUAUUUAAUUGCUUUCCAAAUCGCUGCCAGUAAGAAGCCAUUCUUUAUUGCAGAAGAACUAAUUAAACCAUAUUUAGUAGAAAUGUGUUCAGAGGUUUUGGGUUCAAGUGCUGGAGACAAAAUGAAAACUAUUCCUCUUUCCAAUAAUACAAUUGGAUACAGGAUUGAUGAACUGUCUGCAGACAUUGAAGAUCAGCUGAUUCAAAAGGUCAGAGAGUCCAAGUGGUUUGCCCUUCAGAUAGAUGAGUCAUCAGAAAUCUCAGCUGUGACCCUUCUCUUAUGCUAUAUUCGUUUCAUUGAUUAUGAUUGUAAUGAUAUUAAAGAAGAAUUAUUAUUUUGCAUUGACAUGCCUUCUCAAAUAACUGGUUUUGAAAUAUUUGAGCUAAUAAAUAAAUAUAUUGAUAGUAAAUCUCUCAACUGGAAAUACUGUGUUGGCCUCUGUACCGAUGGGGCUACUAGUAUGACUGACAGAUGUUCUGACUUAAAGUCAAAAAUUCAAGAUGUUACUGUGAAUUCAGUGGCAUUUACACAUUGUUUUAUUCAUCGUGAACAUUUAGCUGCUGAAAAGUUAUCUCCAUGCUUACAUGAAAUUCUUUUGCAGUCAGCACAAAUUUUAAGUUUUGUAAAGAGCAAUUUGUUGAAUUCACGAAUGCUAACAAUUUUGUGUGAAGAGAUGGGAUCUGAGCAUGUGAAUUUACCUCUUCAUGCUGAAGUACGUUGGAUAGCACGAGGAAGAAUUUUAACAAGAUUAUUUGAAUUGCGACAUGAAAUGGAAAUAUUUUUAAAUCAAAAGCAUUCAGAUUUGGCCAAGUAUUUUCAUGAUGAGGAGUGGAUUGCAAAGCUAGCCUAUUUAGGAGAUAUAUUUUCACUUAUAAAUGAAUUAAAUUCAAGUCUCCAAGGAACUAUGACUACUUUCUUCAGUUUACAUAAUAAAAUCGAUGUAUUUAAGAAGAAGUUAAAAAUGUGGUUGAAGCGCACACAAGAGAAUGAUUAUGACAUGUUUCCUUUAUUUUCUGAAUUCUCAAACUCAUCAGAUAUGAAUGUGAGAAACAUCAGAAACAUUAUUUUUGAGCACCUGAAAGGACUUUCUCAGAUAUUCCAUGACUGUUACCCACCAGAGGAUGACUUGCGUUCAGGAAAUAUGUGGGUAAUUAACCCUUUUAUGAAUCACCAAAAUAAUAAUCUCACUGACUUUGAAGAAGAGAAACUAGCACAGUUAUCUUCAGAUUUAGGAUUUCAGUCAGUAUUUAAAUCAAUGUCUAUAACUCAGUUUUGGAUAAAUGCAAAGACACGUUACCCAGAACUCCAUGAAAAGGCAAUGAAAGUCUUACUGCCCUUUUCAACUGUCUAUUUAUGUGAUGCUACCUUUACAGCUUUGACAGAGUCAAAACAACGAAACUUUUUGGUCUCUGGCACUGCCCUAAGACUUGCAGUCACAUCAUUAAUUCCAAGGAUAGAAAAACUAGUAAAGGAGAAAGAAAAACUAGUAAAGGAGAAAGAAUAGUAUUAUCAGUUGCUGAUGGCAUCAGAGUCUAUGUUUGUGUUAAAAUUUGUAUAAAUAUCCUAAAAUAUAAUUUCCUAAUGUGAAUUUGUGUUUGUGGAUUAAAUAAAUGCUUUUAUAAAUUUUC